CAGGCGUUACGCUCAACGGAAUCUCUGGAAACAAGGCAAAUGGGAAGAUCAAAUCCAAAAAUCAAUUGCGUCGGGCGAAGGCCAAGGCGAAAAAGGUUGCGGGAACCUCCGAUACCGACAGAGAACACUCAGCUGAAGCCCCGAAUGGAGUUGUAAAGAAGGAAGAGGGAGGGGAUACAUCCAGAGUUGAGUACGUACCAGAGCCGUUGGAGGUCAAAGACCCUGCUCUUGAAGCAUUCUCCGACGUCUUUGCUCGUUUCCAGCUUCCGCCGGAUGAAACAGCAGCUAAAAUAGCAGAACCGUCAAAAGGCGAAAUCAUUUAUUCCGACGAUGAAAUGAUGUCAGAAGAGGACUCUGACGCCGAGGAGAAGAAGCCUUUAUCAAAGAAGAAACAACGCAAAAUGAACCGACUUACGGUCGCGGAACUCAAGCAACUUGUAAAGAAGCCGGAAGUUGUAGAAUGGACUGAUGUGACCGCUGCCGACCCGCGAAUGCUCUUGCAUCUGAAGAGCUACCGGAAUACCAUUCCUAUUCCACAGCAUUGGAGCGCUAAACGUGAUUACUUGCAGGGAAAGAGGGGUAUCGAGAAGCCGCCAUUCCAGCUUCCUGCAUACAUUGCCGACACUGGCAUUGCGACAAUGCGGGAUGCUGUGAAGGAGAAGGAGGCCAAUAUGACGCUGAAAGCAAAGACAAGGGAACGUGUUCAGCCAAAGAUGGGGAAGAUUGACAUUGACUACCAGAAACUACACGAUGCGUUCUUCAAAUUCCAAACGAAACCACCUAUGACCGGAUUUGGAGAGAUGUAUUACGAGGGUAAAGAAUUCGAGACCUCUCUCAAGGAAAAGCGACCCGGAGACUUGUCGCCCGAACUAGUUGAAGCACUUUCUAUUCCACCUCUCGCACCUCCACCUUGGUUAAUCAGUAUGCAACGAUUUGGUCCUCCUCCGAGUUAUCCGACUUUGCGUAUUCCUGGGUUAAAUGCUCCAAUUCCAGAAGGAGCGCAAUGGGGCUUUCAUCCUGGUGGUUGGGGGAAACCUCCGUUGGACGAAUACAAUCGCCCGCUUUAUGGUGACGUUUUUGGCGUUCUUCCCAAAGCCGCUGACAGCCAGCUUGGUGAACCGGUGGACAAGAAUGUAUGGGGUGAACUUGAGCCCGAAGAAGAGGAAGAGGAAGAAAGCGAAUCGGAAUCGGAAGAAGAGGAGGAAGAAGCCGAAGCUGCACCAACAGAUGGCAUGCAGACUCCAUCGGGAAUGGAGACACCUUCUGGCAUGACGAGUGUGGUCUCGACCGUUGCUGGCGGGCUGGAGACUCCCGAUUUCCUCGAGUUACGAAAGAAUGCUGCAAGGCCUCAGGAACCGUCAGACGCUGGGCCGCGCUCGCUGUAUCAGGUUGUGCCAGAAAGGCAAACAUCUGUGCGUGGCCUCAUGGGGAGUGAACGGGCGUACGAUGUUAGUGCCGUUGCGGGAUCAUCUGUUCCUGUCCUGGGCGAUGAGCGAGGGACUAAACGCAAAGCGAACGGAGUUGAUGUAUCACUUGAUGCUUCUGAGCUGGAGGGCAUGUCUGAAGAAGAGCUUCGGCGACGGUAUGACGCAAAUGCAAAGGGCAAUGCGGGGGUGCCUGGGGCAGCUAAUAGGGAAGAUUUCUCGGACAUGGUGGCCAAGGAGAUGGCGAAAAAGAAGCAAAAAAUGGAUAGGGACGCGAAGAAGUCAAAGGAGUUCAAGUUCUAACACUAGUUCCUUUCCUUCAUCGCUUUUCUAAUUAUUACUAGUACCCUCAUAUGUUCAUGCUCUAUUUCCCCUCCAUGUGCCCCCUGGUAGCCUUUGCCUGAUUGCGAAAUAUACAUCUGAUAAUUUUGUGCGCGCGUCGGAAAUUGAU